AACAAGAUGAAAGCAUUUGGUUGACAAGCCGGAGUCUGAACUGCGCCAAUUUGUCUCAGCGUUGAGACAGCACGCCUCAACGUCUACCCUAAUGUCAAAAUAUUUUCAAGCGUCAAGUAGAGGCGAUAGGUUUGCGAGGUCUUGAUCCGUCAUUAGUCAUAGUGUUGGCAUCCGAAAUUUCUGUUCUCAGACCAGGGCUCUCUCAGACAGCGGAAUGAGCAAGCAAGGCGCGGCGCCAAAGAGCGCCGCGCCUUCGCCUACCUUUUCUGCGAAAAAUAGUCCGUUCUGGGAGGAAAAAGUGAUGGCGGAGACGAAUAACGACGGCCCCCCGGGGCCGCCUCGGCCAUCAGACAACACCGCGCGCCUUCUUUCCCCUAGCAAAUGGGUUGCCGUCGGUGCUUUGAAGGAUACCAGACACCCUUGGUAUGGCUACUCUCGACAGCGUAGGGUUACUAAGGACGGAAACAAGAAGAGGGUGCGGUAUAGGAUGCCGCCGAAAACGCUGCAGAUUGAGGAAAGGAGGGGGACUGGAACAUGUGGAGGCCUCGUUGCCACUGAUUCGCGCCACACAGCGCCGCUCGCUGUGCCAAAAGUUGCGGAAAGAGGAAACCUACUUCGGAACCACCUCCAUGCCGAAAACACUCGGGAGCGGAGAGAACUAGCUGCGAAGGCAGAAAAGUAUCAGCACCAGCUGCAGUUGCAGAAUUGCAGGGCUUCCGCAUCAUCAUCGUCGUCGUCUGCAUCUUCCUUUUCCUCAUCGUCGACGAGUAGGCGACCCCUGCAAGUCCCUGCCCAUUCCCACACCCGUGAAGACGGAGCCGACUCGUCGACAUUUUCUUCUUCGGCCUUCUCGGCAAAAACACCAAGCGGCGAAAAGCCACCGCUGUGGGCGAUCGAGGACGGGUUGAAGUCAUCUGCUGCUUGCGCCCAACUUGCAGCAAAAACGAUACCACACGCGGCUCCCUCGGCGGAAGGUCUUGUGCUGCCGGCGAACGUGCCAACACCCACGGGCAACGACAUCCCGGAUGACGUUCACUGCAUCGAGCUCAUCGAAAUAGUAUGGCGUGUCAAAAAUUUUCUUUCCUCGCCACACCUGCUGCCACUAUACUCAACCGAGAGGAAUGUGAAUCUGGCAUGCAUUAUGUCUAGUACCUAGUUUCAUUUGCUCUUCCGAGAUCGGAUUUGGUUUUGGAUACCAUUUCCGUUUGUAUUGACUUGUAUGCAUGGCAGCGCUCUAGUGCGGGCAUGGCGCCUAUACAUAGGUAUAAAAGAACAAGCCGACCACGGAAAGAAAACAACUGCACAGGGAUGAGUGAGUCAAGACAUCGAUCUAGAAACCCACCUCUUGCCUCCUGAAUUCGUCGCGAAACUUCACAAGCCGCACAGGUCCCACAAGGGGUUGCUGAAAACGUUGAAAUGGUACAGAGGCAGUCACAGUGCGACACAGACAUUCGCGAACGUCUGCAAUCCAUCGGGUAUCACUUUCGUGUGUCUUGCUUUUUGAGAGGACUUUUUUUGAUCGUUGAUCAUGCUGUUGUAGGAGAAUAAAGCGCGGCACACCCGAAUAUUCAAUGAUGUAUCUGUAUGAAUUUCUCGGACCCCAUCUACGACCGCGAAAAACAUUUCGACCUACGAUACCGAUACGUACGAAUGUUGUUCCUUUUCAUAAAACAGCACACAACCAGCCAGAAUCGCCAUGGUUGUGCAGAAGUUUUUCCGAGAUACGCAACUACUUUGAUCGAGAACGAGACCUACUUGCUACGGCUGCCCGUACGAAUUCAGAGGAGAGCGAACUAUCGCGCGCCGAUAUUUUGUUCAACGAGAUUUUUACCUAUUUCAAAGAGCGGGCCGUCCUGGUGUGGUUGUUGCGACGAAUUCGGGAUGCAGAGCGGGGCAGCGUCAGGAAGAGUGGCGCUGCUGCGGAUAACGCGAAUGCAAAUCAGUGGACAAUCGCUAGGGCAAGGACACUGCCGAAGAACGAUCAUGCAAUGCGUCUGCUGGGCGAAAAAGUAGCAGAGCGGUUGGAGAAGCAACGCGCAGCCCGUGUGACGAUGCUGGAGCAACGUCUGGAUUCGGAAAUCGGCGGCAGGACUGGAAGUACCAGAAGCAACCAUCACAACAAUGCACAAGUUGCCUCCGCUGCCGAAUCGACACCAGCAGCAGGGGCAGGAGUUGUACAAGUAAAGCAGCAACAAGAGCCGGAUUCGACGCGAGUAGUAGACGACCGUUCAAAGAUCAAGAGCGAACAGGAGCGCCAACGCGGUGACGACGCAUCGGCGCUCCUGUCCAGCCAGGCCGCGUCCAGCCAGCAUCAUUCAGCAGCGUCUUCUGGUCCGGAUUUUGAUAGAAGCGGAAAAACCGGCAUCAAGCAAGAGGAAACUUCGUCAGAGUCACCCGUCGUUGGCGCAGCUCGUGUGUUCAAAGCUGACUCUCCUGGUUCUCCCGACGUACAAAUCAAGGCAGAAGCGUCUCCCCCUGAAUACGUGACGCGUGGAAGAUCCAUCAAGCGGGAACCAGAACUGAUCGCAACGAGUUCGGCCAGAGAGCGCGAGAACUGCGCUCACACGAGACGAAUCAAGUACGAGCCCACUUUACCGGGGGCCGCUGGUCGCCACCGCAGCCGCGUCAUUUGCGAGCCUGAGUACACGAGCAGAUGCGGUCCUAUGCGCAUUAAGCAAGAACUCACUUCACCAACACCGCCGGAAUCACCACGCUUUUGCGUCAACGAAAAUCUCAUCUUCCACAACACUUCCGAGAAGGCAGGAACAGUGCGCAUCAAAAAGGAGCAGCAAUCGCCUGCUCUUUUGAGUCAUUUACCAGCCGCCUCAACUAACACGCAGGCAGAAAGUAUCGGCUUUCUUGGUCGUCCACUGCGACGAGUGAAGGAGGAGAGUGCAGCACCCGUUCUCGUCAGUAGGUCUGCAAACAAAGCGACAUGUGAAACACAACAAAACGGAGGCGGGCAUUUGCGUGGUGACGAGAAAAGCAAAAAAGAACAAUCAGGCUCGUCGCUUCCCUCCUGCGCGACCGCAGGUAAGCGUGAACGUACACCGGAAACCGAGCGCGAAGAUGCCAACAGCGAUCGUGACGCUUCAACUUUUCUUCCAGCGAAGGUAAUACAAGGGAGAAAGAUCAUGGCUUGCCGUCAGCUGAGCAACAUGGCUGAGCCAAGAGCUCGCAACUCUUUCGCGGUAGCAGAUAAGGCCCAGGAAAAACAAGCCGAACAGCGGCUCACCUCGUGCAUCCAAGACACUAAACACCCACCGGCUAAGGUGUUGCUGCAAAGCGAAAGCUAUCCGGACGUUAGCGGAUGGUAUUCCUUGACGCAUACCGUGACGCAGGUCGGAGGCGAAAUCUACCCGAUGUACGAAUCGGAUCUUGCCACUGGCAAGCCGGUUUUCACGCUGGGUGCAACGAAAACCGGACGAGACGACGUAGCCGGAGUGGACCUGGUUCAGUGGGGAAUUUGUGGGCCACUCGGCACGAAAACGCUGUAUCCAAAGAGACAGGACCGACCUUUUGUUCAAGAAGUUGAAAGAUCACCAGAACAAGCAUGCAGACAAUCACAAAAAAUGUCAGCACCGUCGCCAAGAGUUGCGCGCCCCCGCGCACAGCAAUUGUGUAUUCAGGGGAGGCGACCGAAAGAAGGUCAUGCAAGCUUCUAAAGCUGUAUGUGUAUCUAUCAUUAUCGUUUUUGAAUAUUUUGGUUUGUCUUCUGGAUAAUCUAGAGGGCAGCUGUAACGCGCGGGCCGGGUCUGUGUCGCCGGCUGAUCUUGUUACCAUGGCAUGGACUUGGACGAUCAAGUUCAAUGAGGAUGACACCGUAGUUGCCGACAGCUACCCGUGUGUCGUGGACGUUUCGUUUCCCACUUGUCUCGAGAUUUCAACGUUUCGCCUUUUUGAUCAGGCCAACGCGAAUGGCAUCACUCCGGGACAGCAAGGAGAGGAGGAAAUUCCCCUGGCGACUGCGGAUCAAGAGCUCGGCAUGCCGAUGGGACUGUUGUCCGCGUUUCUGCAGAAACAAGGUACUUACGUGUGUUUUAUUUGGUUUUUUUGGUGCUUGUGAUUUGAUAAUGGUAAUAGCAAUAGGAGAAGGGCUUGCGCGUCGUUCACAAAUUUGGACGGAAGUGCUUAUCUGAUUAUCACCAGGUGCCUGCUGCCGCAGAUUUUUCGAAGACGCGUACCAGAAGCGUUUUCAUCGCGCUAAGCCGGCAGUAACAACAGGCGCUUCCUGCUGCCUCUGCUGCGCAUUCUUUCGGAGCAGGAGUGCGAAAACUGAGGCGCAUGGCUAUCUGCACCGUGCCUGCUUCGGAAAUUCCGGAAAGGUGCCCCAGGGUAUGCACUGCCACAGUUUCUUGGAUGUGGAAGAGGUGGAGGCUGCUGAGAACUUUCUGGACGCCGAGUACAGGAGAAUGCAGCUUCAGAGCGGCGGCGUAGGGGGUGAACGGGAGAAGCAGUGCUGCAGCAUCAGAAGUGCGGAACCGAUGAUCGGGCGAAACCUGUCUACAAAUCUACAAAUCUACUCUAACAAACUAUCAGUUUAUCAGCAGUAUUUGGCGAGAUUGGAGUACGAGCAGCACCUGGUUGGUGAACGGCAAAGCGGUGUGCUUUUACUGGCCGACUCCAGCAACACUAAUGACUGCUCGACAACAAGUAGCAAAGGGUUUCCAGUGCCUUUCAAGCUCGAACCAGCCUUCUUGCCUUAUCCAGACCGAAAAUGAUCCGCGUUUUGCCGUUGCCAGUGUCAACAACCGUUCCGCGAGAGAACUGCCCGUAUUGUCAGUGCACAUCAUGUGGAUAGAACAAGAUGCACUUGGAAGGAUCGUGGCAUUCUCAUUUCUGCGUGAGCUGCUGUUGUAAUGCCUAGUGCCGCGAAGACAGAUUAAAUAUAGGCACUUGUUGACAAUUUGCGACGCGAUGCCGAGUGCGGUAGGAUAUUUUUCAACUUCCAUACUAUUGGUUGCGGAGCUGGAGCGACCUUCCCGCCAACUCUUGGCGCUCUACGGAGAGCGUUCGAGAAGGACUUGGGAAAACGGUACGCUCGGAGCAGGGAGUGCUCAUCCGGUAAAUGAGGUGCUCUUCCAUCCAGGGAAUCGCUGAGCAUGUCUUUGCCAAAUUUCUUUGUGUUGACAUGUCUGACAACAGGACGUAAUUUACUAGAUUGGACAAUGUCCAUGAAUUUUUCGAAUCACCAGAUUCUCCACCGACCUCCAGUGCGGACAGUGGUAAUGACUCGUCUCCAUCCUCGAAAAGCGAUGUCGCGUGGUCGCCGAGCAUGCCAAUGCCCCGACCCCUGCCCCAUGCUACUUCGAACCUUCGCAGUCGCGGCACACACAUCCGUCCGGAUAUGCCGGUAUUUUGGGCGUUUUGCUUUUGCCGUAGAGGUAGAUGUGUUGAAGGAGUUUGAGUCAUGCUUACUUCACUAGGUUUGAUCAGCUACUUCGCUCUUUGAUUGUUUCCACAUUUAUUGCCUUUUUGAAGUUCUUAUUCUCUGCCAAAUUUCGCAUGGCAAAAAUGAAACCAAUAUUACACUGCAUCGAUCAGGGAAUCACUUACGUUCCCGGCUGGAAGUACAUGAAGUUGUUCUUGCUGGAGAAGGCGAGCUCGGGGGAUAAGCUUCACGAUGAACACGCACAAGGAGGGUUGGUAAGCUACGAGGACCAAGAUAAUGUCUACGUUUUGAAGAAGAAGAUAUUUGGCUCGCGCAAAGUCCCAGUACCACCAAAAGAUCCGACGGAAUACGAUUGCUGGCGUGUGCAGUUCAAGCACAGGGAAGUGGGAAAGAAGACAACGCGGAGGAUGAAGCGGUAUGAAAUAUGAAUAGGAAAAACAAAAAGAAAAAUUAUAGUCUGAUUUACGUCGCAUAUCUGCAGAAGCAAAAGUGGACAUGGCAAGCAGAAGUAAAAGUCGACAUGGCAAAAAAGCGCGCGACUGUUGCUGACUGCCUCGGCCGAAAUCUUUGGCGACAGAUCACAAAAGGAGCAGCAACCGGAACAGCAAAACAAAACGGAGAGGAUAGCACUUCUUCCGCAGCGUCUUUUGAGAAUGAACAAAUUCCCAUCCAGCAACUAAUGAGAUUACAGGGGAGAAAAAGAACAGGGGUCGAUAUAAGGACAAUCUAAGGCUGAACGCCGAGAAGAUUUAAAUCAUCACGUCGCAUAUCUGCAUGCACUUUCUCGGGUGCCGGGACAUGAUCGAAGUGUGCGCUUGAUGAAUGUUUAGCCCUUUUUCCCAAGAAUACAUGCUCAUGAAGCAAGAUAGAGCUAGAGGAAAUGAAAACAAAAGGUUUUUUUUCGUCGCGCCAAAGUUCCGGAAGCUUCGCGCUGAAGCUUCGGCAAAGGGACUUCCAGCACCGACCCGGCGCGACGCAAAAGCAGCUGCUUUGGAGGACGCAAAGCGUAUUUGUUCUACAGUGGUUGUCCGAUGAUCAUGUGCUGGAGAAAGAGCCUGUCAUUGUCAUGCAUGUGACUAAUUGAUGCUCUUGCUCAUCGAAUAAAGUGUGGUGCUGUCAUGCGGACGCGAAUGAAAUUGAAAGCCAAUGAAAGGUAAGAGGUCAUGCCGAAGCUACAGAAGUAAACGGCGGGACUAUUGCAUUGCUGCUGCUAUAAACGUGUAGAACAGCACUAUUGCAUUGUGUUCAACUACAUUUUCGGACAAAUUUGUACACCACAGUUUUUCGGCGGUUGUCCCUCAACGUUGCGGGGGCGAUCCAGCCGGGGAUUCCAAGGCAGGCAACUAACAAAUCCAACACCGGCGUGCUCGGGGUUUCCCAGCUGUCGGCCAAAUUGAAAAAGAAGGCUGAAAGAGGCGCUAUACGAGGAAAUUUUGCGCGUUCGAACAAGACCAUACUGCAAAGGUACAAAGUGAACAUGAAGGCUAAGCAACCCAAGAAAAGCUGGACAAAGCAACGCCGAUGUUUGAGCAGAGCGCGUAAAUCCGGCCUAAUUCAGGUACGCAUUGUUUCUCUUGGGAUAUUUUUCACACGUACUGCAACAUCUGCAAUUGCGGGAGCAUGAUGCAAAGGUCGAGGCCCACAUUGCUGCACAUAUGCAGCAGCAUUUUGGAAAGUGUAUUUGAGUUCUCUUUUUGCGAAUAUCAGCUUAUGUCGGCCUGGCGCAAAGCGAAACUCGCGCGCGUCGACCACCCGGCUGCCCCGAUACGAUUCCAACGCAAUCUCAAGAAGACCACGACGGAUCCGCUCCGGAAGAAAGUCCUGGCACAGGGAAAGACGUUGUUCAACUUUCGCAAAGUGGCGAAGAAGCUGUUGAAGCCCCGGCGCGCAGCAAUGGCUACCAAGAAGUCGGAGCUGUUCGUGCCGAGUUCUUCCACCCGCAGGAAGGCGGAGGUUGCAGCUGGGUCUGUGCCGCAUGUCCGACCAGCGCACCAGCCCACCAUGGAUCCACGUGAGUUCCGAUUCGUUGGACCAACAAGCAAACUCCCGAAGACGCGGGACAUGUCGAAGGGGUUCCGACGCCCCUGAAAUCUUCAGAUAGUAGCUGUAGUUUCAUUUUCUGACACUACUUCUCCAGGAAGCCCUCGCACUUCAGAUUCACGCUGCUGUAUGCACAACGUUAACUGUCCGAAAUUUCUACAAGUCGCAGGGAGGUGCUGCGGUAUUUACGCAGUUUUUCAACAAGAGACAAGAACAAGUGUCGAGUUCGACGGCAAAGAACGCGCCGAAAUGUUUUUUAGGAAAAUAGAGUGCUGAAUUUAGCUCUACUAAAGGAUGUUUCUUUAUUAUGCCGCCGUACUUAGAACUAAGUACAACUAUUAGACUCUCGGUCAGCGAUACGUCCACUAAGUCUGCGAAAGUGAUGAGAUAUUCUUGAAAAGCGUGCACGACGUUAGUGGACUUUGCGCCUCUCAGCCUCCUGAGUCUCGAUUUGUCGGCCCAGCGACGAAACCUCGACGAAUGCGGGAUCUGUCGAAAGGUUCUCGAGGUUGAUGGACAGAGGCGCUUAUUGGGUUGGUUUGGGUUUAUUUAGGAAUUGGGAUGGGUUCCUUGACUACAUCCAGAAACAUUCCAGCCGCAAAGGUUUUUUUUUGAACUGAAACGCGCGCAAUGCGCGAAGUUUAUAGCGAUAUUACUAGCAUCAAUUGCUCCUCUUCCAUAAUGGAUGAUAGGUAGUCGUGAGGUCAUGAAAUAUAGAAAUAAGGACAACAAGAAGCAAUUUUACUUUUAGAAGCGCAAAGAUCACUUUCAUCGCGAGCACGAAGAACAAUUCCGAUAAUUCCGAAUGCCCCUCUAAAAUGAUUUGCUCCGUUCAGAAAAU